AUGGGUUCGAUGGGCGUUGACCUCCCCCAAACUGCCCCAGCGGCCGUUCUGACCGGCGCGUAUGGAGAGCCGUACACGAUCAAAGACGUCCCGAUCCCGGUGCCGCGUCCUCAUGACGCCCUCGUGGAGCUGGAGUACAGCGGCGUGUGUCACGGUGACGUCUACGCCCGGGACGGAGGUGGCCCUGCGCCCAAAGACCCCGUGCGACCGCUGACGGGCGGCCACGAGGGCGUGGGGAGGAUAGUCGCCAUGGGCACGGAGGGUCUGGACGGGUUCAAGGUCGGCGACGUCGUGGGCAUCGCCUGGAGGAGCAACGUCUGCGGGACGUGUCAGGCUUGCCAGGCCGGGUCGGAGAAUCACUGUUUCAACCAGAAGAUCACGGGGGCGCACGUCGACGGUACCUUUCAACGAUACAUCUCCUUUCCGACCUCCCAGCUCGUGCCCGUCCCGUCUGGCGUCUCGUCACCCAGUGUCUGCCCGAUCCUGUGCGCCGGAGUCACCGCCUACGCGGCGCUGCGGCGCAUGGACCCCCAACCGGGCAAAUGGUGCGUCGUGGUCGGCGGGGCCGGCGGCCUGGGCCACCUGGCCAUCCAGUACGCGCGGGCCAUGGGGUUGAAGGUGCUGGCCAUUGACGGCGGCGCGCCCGAGAAGCAGCGGUUCUGCGCCAAAAUGGGCGCCGACGUCUUUGUCGAUUUCACGGCGCCGGGGCUCGUCGAGACGGUCGUCGACAGGACGGGCGGUGGGGCGGAUUACAUUCUCGUGCUGAGUCCGCAUCAGUCGUCGUACGAUGCCGCGGGAGAAUACGCCAGAUUCGGCGCACAGAUCAUGGCCAUUGGGAUCGGAAAUCUGCAGUAA